UUGACCGUUAUGCCAUUCGCUGGGUUGGCUGUAGAAAUGACUUUCGUGUUCAUUAUAUACGUAUUCUACCUGGAUAUUAUUGAGAGUGAGCAGUGGAUACCACUGAGAUACACCAGAUUUAAAGCCGGCUGUAGCUUAAAGCACAGCAAAUACACCUCUAGUAGUGCUGGAAUACUGCGAAGGGAGCGCAAGCGUCUAAGGAAAAUGUACACGAGAGACGAGAAAGCUGCCUUUAAGGAGCCACACCGUAAGCUGCGUAGAGGGCAGCCUUAAUUACCACAGCACACCUAUAAUUUAUGCCUUUCUGUCAAGU